UGAUAAACCCGUUCGGUCCAUUCUUGCACUUGGUGGUUUUUCUCUGCAGUGUUUCGAGAGUUCUUAGCGGUGAAAGUAAAUUUUCCUAUCAUUUUUCCGGUAUAUUUGAUAAACCUGUAGCAUUUUAUUGAAAUUUUUCGAACAGUCGUGUAAAAUUUACAAAAUGUAUACCGUAUCGAAAGGCCCCAGCAAAUUCGUAGCCAAAGCGAGAAUGGGAAUUCCUUCUCAUACAGAAAAUAGUUCGUGGGAGAUUAAAAAAUCAUUGCUAGUGUAUAACGAUGAUUUCAGCAAUGUCGUAUCAGAUUCAAAUAAACCAGUAUUCGUGCAACUAAAUAAUAAAAAAUUGAAUAGCCUAAGAUCACACGAGACGAUAACACCGGAACAUGAGGAAAUCGUCAAGUUUGUCUCCGAAAACUGGAGUUCAGUAACGUGUAAAUCAAAGGAAGGCUCAUCCAUGAAAAAUGGUACCUCGACCGUAUAUUAUCAAGCUAAUGAACCGAAUAGCCAGUUAAAAGAUUUCGUACCAUUCGAUCUAGAUUCGUGGUGGGGUAAGCGGUUAUUUAAUACGAUUACGAAAUCAGUGCCAUGAUGUUCGAGCAAAAUGGGAAGUACUUAGCAUGUUAGAAUGCAGCAAAUUUGUAAAAGCCAAUGUUCUUUUGUGAAGUCGUUCGUACAUCACUUUUGACGACAUGUAUCCGGAUUUAGUGUAUACAUCGAAACCCAGCAGCCGUUAAUGCAGUUUCAAUAAUCACGCGAAGCUUCCAAUUUCUUCAACUCAUCGAGCUCCGUUGUAUAGAGUUGUGUUAUUUUUUCUUUCGAUUUUACUCCUCCGUUUGUUAUUAAGGUUUCUUGUCCUUUUUUUCUCUCUCUUGCUCGUUUCUCUGUCUCUUUGUAAGAUUGCUAGCACAACAGUACUUAUAAUUUCUCUCUUCUUUCUGUUGUUUAUGCUGUAUCGAACGUAGAUAGUAACUCGGUAGUCAUUGUUGCUUAUUUAUUUAGUUAGUUUUAUUAUCUUCCUUUUUCUUUCGAACAUCAUUGUUCGUAAAGGUAUUUUUUUUGUUCUCUCAAGACUGAAUAUAUAAACUCGUUAAUAAAGGUUAAUUUUUGAUCGCAGCGCGACGACGACGACGAUUAUAUAUAUCGAAAUGAACGAUGUGUACGUUCGCCUACUAUGUUUUGAUUAAAUCUGUGAUCUUGAUUUAUUAUGUUAAUCGAAACAUAAUACACGAUUAUUAUUGUCGAAUUAUAAUACAUUGUGUUUUUUGAAACGUAGGUACACGUGCUCUGACAAUAUACGAGUAUAUCGUUUCUCAAAGUUGGAUCGUGUGUGUGGUGUUUUUUCCUUAUUUUGUUCUGUAAUAAAAACUUCUUAUUGGA